CUUCCUUUCAGAGAGUUCCCUUGUGACCGGUGUAGAAAUGGCACCAACAGCCGUUGACGAUGCUGUCGUUCCCAUGGACGUUGAUAAGGACCAUCUCGAAUCCAACGGUCUUGAUGGUGAGGUAGUAUUGCAAAAUGCUGAGAAAAUAAAAGAAGAGUACUUGUUGCUUAUCCGGGAAGAGGAUAUCCCCCAUGAGGAAGAAUGCCUGCGAAAUCCUUACACUUUAAAGUGCUGGCUGCGGUAUAUUGAGCACAAAAAGGACGCACCGAUGGAAAGCCGUAUCUUCAUUUAUGAACGUGCAGUGAAGGAUCUUCCUGGCAGCUAUAAGCUAUGGAAGGCUUACCUCGACCUGCGUGUCAGCGGCCUACUCGAAGGUCCUGUGAACAAGGAAACUGGCCUUCGCAAACCAAUACGGGAUCUUCGUGAUAGAGAAUGGGAGCGUGUAAACAGUUGCUUUGAGCGGAGUCUGGUACUCUGCAAUAAGUUCCCUGUGAUAUGGCUCACGUAUUGUCAAUUUCUGAUGCAUCAAGCCCGGCCGACACAGUGCCGAAGAACAUUCGACCGUGCCCUUCGUGCCUUACCGAUCACACAACAUACCCGAGUUUGGGAUUUAUACCUCAAAUUUGCAAAGUUGGUGGGAGGUGAGACGGCUGUACGUGUGUGGCGAAGAUACAUCAAGCUGCAACCAGAACAGAGAGAAGAAUAUGUGGGAUUGUUGUUAUCUCUGGAUCCGCCUCGGCACAUGGAAGCUGCCCGGGUACUGGCGUCUAUAGUCGAAGAUCCAAAGUUCACAUCAGGACACGGAAAAAGCCAGUAUCAGCUAUGGACAGAGCUUUGUGACUUAGUUACGGAGAAUCCAGAAACUGAAGACCCAGAGACAAGGAGGGAUCAACGUGUCGAGAGACUAGACGUUGAUCGCAUUAUUCGAAGCGGUAUAUCUAGGUUCUCUGAUCAAGUCGGUAGACUAUGGAAUAGUCUAGCCACAUGGUGGAUGUUGCAGCAGGAGUGGGAAAAAGCGCGCGAUGUAUAUGAGGAGGCGAUCAGACAAGUGAAGACAGUAAGAGAUUUCUCUAUGGUCUUCGAUGCUUAUGCGGCAAUGGAGGAAACGGUGCUAACGCGGCAGAUGCAAGAGUUGGCACAGAAUGGUGGAGCCGACGGACCUGAUGACGUUGACGUUGACCUUCGUCUUGCUCGAUUCGAAAAGCUGAUGGAGCGUCGUCCUUUUCUGGUUAAUGACGUAAUACUUCGCCAGAACCCGCACAACGUUGCUGAGUGGGAGAAGCGCGUAGACCUCUGGAAGGAACGCAAAAAUGAAAAGAAGAUUAUUGAGACCUAUCACAAAGCGAUUGAAACUAUUCAUCCUAAACGCGCAGCCGGAAAGCUCAGUCUCCUUUGGGUCCACUUUGCAGAGUUUUACGAGCAAAAGGGAGACUUGGAUACUGCUAGGAGAACUUUUGAAAAGGCCGUCACCGUCCCAUAUAAAAAGGCGGACGAAUUGGCGGAUGUGUGGUGCCAGUGGGCAGAAAUGGAACUUCGACAAGAGAACUUUGAUGGUGCGCUAGAUGUUAUGGGUCGGGCAACAACGCCACCGCGGGGAGGACCUGCUUUCCAUGCAUCAAUUCGGUACAAUGAUGAGAACCGGGAGCCCCAGCAACGACUAUUCAAAUCACAGAAGCUCUGGUCCUUUUAUGUUGAUCUGGAGGAGUCUAUUGGGACAAUGGAAGGAACUCGUGCUGUAUAUGACCGUAUCAUGGAACUCAAGAUUGCAACGCCCCAGAUUAUUAUCAAUUACGCGGCAUUUUUGGAGGAGCAUAAGUGGUUUGAGGAGAGCUACAGAGUGUACGAACGAGGGAUUGACCUAUUUGGCUAUCCAAUCGCCUUUGAUAUUUGGAACAUCUACCUUACAAAGUUUAUUGAUCGCUACGGAGGCACAAAGCUGGAGCGCGCUCGCGAUUUGUUUGAACAUGCUGUAGACAAAGUGCCACCAAAGUUCGCCAAGCCUUUAUACCUAAUGUACGCUAAGUUAGAGGAAGAUCAUGGACUGGCCCGGCAUGCUAUGCGUAUCUACGAUCGAGCGACUCGAGCAGUAGGGGAUGAGGAUCGUUACGAAAUGUUUACCAUUUACAUUGCCAAGGCGACGUCAUACUUUGGGCUUACCUCCACCCGUGAGAUAUAUGAGAGGGCGAUCGAGGCCUUGCCAGAUAAGCAGGCCAGAGAUAUGUCCGUUCGCUUCUCUGACAUGGAGACCCGACUUGGGGAGGUGGACCGAGCCAGAGCAAUCCUUGCCUACGGUAGUCAGUUUUGCGAUCCUCGAAUGGAUGCCGAGUUUUGGAAAAUCUGGCAUGAUUUUGAAGUAAAACAUGGUAAUGAAGACACGUUCAAGGAAAUGCUCAGGAUUAAGCGCUCUGUGCAAGCUAAAUAUAAUACGGAGGUCAAUUUCAUUUCCGCUCAACUGUUGGCUGCGCGUCAGCAGGGUCAAACUGAAGAACCGGAGGCCGUCCCUGCUCCACCGACAACCAUGGAAGAGCUGGAAGCUGAAGCAAGGCGAAUUCAAGCCGAGGAGGGUGAAGGUCAAGAUCAAGGGGCGCGUUCGCAGAAGAACACCCGUGUCGUUGGUUUCGUUCGGGCCAAAAAGACGGAACCAAAGGUCUCUGCACCGCCGGUCGAGGAGCCCCUCGCCGCGAAUCCGGAUGAGAUUGAGAUUGGAGAAGAUGACUCGGAUGAGGAAGAGGCAAACAUGGAGCAGGGCGCAGAAGUAGAGGGAUUAGCCAAGCGAGCGAUACCUGAAGGAGUGUUUGGAGGGUUAGGUGCCGAUGCUGCACAGGCUGACGAGAAACUGGGAGCCAAGGAGAGGUUCAAGAGGAAGCGAUGAUCACAGACUUGUGUAUUUGUGGAGAUAGCUGUAUAUUGCGUGGUGUAUUUAUCGGGAUUUAAAUUUGUUAAGCAACUUGGGAUCUACUGUUUGUGCAAAGUCAUUUGGGA